ACGACCAUAUUCUCACUGAAAUAAUGCCAGCGCUGUGCACUCUCAUUUAAGUGCAGACUCUGAGAGCUUCCGCGCGCUCCUUAGAUCAUGGAACGUCCCACAGAAUCUUAUGUGGUGCCGUGACUAUUUUGGAAGUAUUUUUUAACAAUUUAUUUGCAAUAUUUUGGUUAUUCUGCACCUUGACAACUUAGACUUAAGACCGCAUAUACUCAUUUUUUACCUUCUUUUGCAAAACUUCCAAUCUCUGGUGACUCAGUCAUCAAUAUGCAUGAGUCAUUAAGCCCCGGGCUUCUUAGCUUUCUCUUUUAUUGAUCCGCGUCUGAGCUGCUCCGAUAACAGCCAAAGACAAGAUAUGAGACAACUCAAGGACCAUGUCUCCACAUAGAGGAACUGUUAUUGUUAUUUAGGUUGUGGUGACACUGACAGACAGGUUGAUCGUGAUGGAUGUGAGAUGUGGAGUUCUCUUCGUCUGCUCGCUGCUCGUCGCGUGCAGUGACGGGUCUCCGUUCACCGACUGCAUUCAGAGCAAAGGGAAAGCGGGGUUUUAUGAGGGACCCAUAGACUCGACCGAAUCAGGCGUGAAGUGCAUGAACUGGAGCGAUGUGCCGGGUGUCAUAGAGCGGUAUUCGGGGAAAGGUCUCGGGGAUCACAGUUUCUGCCGGAAUCCGGACGGAAGAAUUCGGCCCUGGUGUUUCUUCCAAAACAGCCGAGGACGCAUAGACUGGGGGUACUGCGACUGCAAGCAAGGUUCUUUGCGACUGCAUGGAGGCAAAUCCAAACUGGAUGGGACAGUAGAAGUGUAUCUGAAUGGUGUGUGGGGAGCCAUCUGCAGUAAUGGAUGGGAUGACCGAGAUGCCGCUGUGGUGUGUCGACAGCUGGGACAGGGUUAUAGAGCGCGUGCACGUGUGAGUCCUCUGUCACGUCUGGUGGUGUCUGUAGUUCACUGGCAGACCGUGGGCUGUGAUGGACAGGAAGAGGACUUACUUCAGUGCAAUCGCACCGUCUGGAACGGGGGAGAGUGUGUUAACCGUCACGCGGCUGCCGUCUCUUGUACACCAGUGGAGGCUUCAGUGUUUAUCCCAGUACGUCUCUCUGGUGGGCCAUCAGCGUAUGAAGGCAGAGUAGAGGUGUAUCAUGCAGGACAGUGGGGCACAGUGUGUGAUGACCAAUGGGAUGAUAAUGAUGCUGAGGUGGUCUGCAGGCAGCUGGGGUUGGGGGGCAUUGCUAAGGCUUGGGUAGGAGCAUAUUUCGGCGCAGGCUCAGGGCGAAUAUUGUUGGAUGAAGUGAGCUGCACAGGAAAUGAGCUUUCCAUAGAGCAGUGUCCAAAAACUGCCUGGGGGGAACACAACUGUGACCACACAGAGGAUGCUGGAGUGUCUUGCAUCCCACUUACAGAUGGUGCAGUGCGUCUGGUUGGGGGUGUGAAGGGUUAUGAGGGGAGACUGGAGGUUCAUUACAGAGGUCAGUGGGGGACCGUGUGUGAUGAUGGCUGGACACAAACCAACACACAGGUCGUCUGCAGGCAGCUGGGCUUCAGGUCAGGGGAGAGUGUGUCGUCAGGGCGGUUUGGGCUGGCGGCGGGUCCCAUUCUGCUGGAUGAUGUUAGGUGUACGGGAAAAGAGCCCACAUUAACACACUGCAGCCGGAGAGGCUGGUUCAAACAUGACUGCACUCACAACCAAGACAUAGCCGUUGUGUGCAACCCCCAACGCUCCAGACACGGAGUGCCCAACAGUAAGAGCUCUGACACACUCAUGUACACACACUAUUAAACUGCUAUUAAUGUUAGAUUUAAGAAUAUUUAAAUAUAUAUGAUUUGUUUUUACUUAUUAUUAAACCACUGUUAAUGACAAAAUACACUCUUUAAUGUAAGUAAUUU